UUUUAUCUCGUUCACCUCCUGCACCCUGGACACACAUGUAUCAACUCCAUAGCAGGUAGAGCAGCUGACAGAUAGAGAGUGGUGCAAAGCAACGAUCAUAAUACAGAUCAUAGGCGGCGUGAUGACAGCAUCCAAGUCAGGAUGUGCUCUGCUGGCAGCUCUUGCCGGAGUCUCGGCGUUCGUACCGCAUGGACUGACCAAGACUGCUCAACAGCAGGUGAAGGGAGGGUUCGGGCACGAGCACACCUCGGCUGCUUCUAGCCGACCGAUGCGGAUGUCUCUGGACGACGUAUCCGAAUCUAGGGGGGGGUUCUUGAAAGACUCCGCCUUGGGGCUGGCCGUAGGCGCGGUUGCGGUGGGCGCAUCGACGGGAGCACCCCCGGCGGCUGAAGCAGCUACCGUAAGCGCGUGGGAGCAGAUCCAGCUUCCUGUUGCGUCGGUGCUCUACGACAUCGCGUUUGACCCAGAGCACCCUGACCAUGGGCUCGUUGUUGGUGCUCAAGGAACCUUCCUCGAGACGUUCGACGGGGGGUACAAAUGGAGUGUUCGGACUUUUGGCAACUUGGAUGAGGAGGAGGAGAUCAACUACCGCUUCCAAAAGGUUUCCAUGUACAACGACGAGAUUUUCAUCAUUGGGAAACCGCCAAUCCUCCUCCACAGCAAGGACGCCGGAAAGACCUGGGAACGCGUACCUCUCUCACCUAAGCUUCCUGGAGAACCGUCCAACAUCGUCGCACUGGGCGGUGCGAAGGCCGAAAUGACCACCUCGUCUGGAGCGAUUUACUACACCAAGAAUGCCGGGAUGAACUGGUCUGCGCAGGUGAAGGAAACGGUGGAUGCCACGUUGAACCGAAUUUCUUCGAGCGGAGUGAGCGGUGCAAGCUACUUCACCGGGUCUAUUAUCGGGACCACCAGGGCGGAGGACGGAUCCUACUUGGCCGUGUCAUCUCGCGGUAACUUCUACCUCACAUGGUCCCCUGGACAGGACUUUUGGAUCCCACACAACAGAGGAACAUCUCGGCGCAUCCAAAACAUGGGCUUCGUGAGGGGCCGUGCGGCAGAGGGGCUGUGGAUGACGCUCAACGGCGGAGCAAUGCAGAUGUCAAAGACCCUACCCGAAGGAACGAAUGACCCCGUAUUUUCGGAAACAGCGAUCAAGUCUGGUGGCUACGGAAUCAUUGAUGUCGCGUGGAAGAACGACAACGAGGCGUGGGCUGUUGGUGGAGGUGGGAGUCUGUGGUAUUCCACAGAUGGUGGCGAAACGUUCAAGUUUAGUUCCGGCGCGACCAACAUCGGGGCGAACCUUUACGACGUGAAGUUUUUCGGAGGAGACAAGGGAUUUGCUAUCGGAUCUGACGGUGUGCUUCUCAAAUACAUCCCGGACCAGUUGUGAACAGAGAAGCAGGAACGGUCUGGGAAUCGAGCAAAGAGGAUUCCAGCAAGAGCUUGCAUAGAUCGAGGGCACCUGAUCUUUGCGAUUGUAGGGACGUGAUUUGCACUUGAAAAUGGAAAUCAACAGAUUAGAUGGUUAGUAAUACAGGGGCGACAUAGGCCGUAUAGAGAGGACAGACAUACCUGAUGUAACCUUGCGUGAGGACCAGAUGCCACAUGCUUAGUGUACCGGUACUGGUAUUUUCGUUGUUUAGAAUUGUUGCGGUGCUAACUCUCAUCCGGUGCAUAGGAAGGAUUUCAGCGGAAACAUGAAGAUGGCGGCGGCGUGCGUUUCCGUUUUUCGACCACUCCGGAGUAUAGGUAAAGUUGUUCGGUUGCCUUACGGCCAUUUCGGGCAUGAAGUUGCCAAACGGGCGACAUAGCGGUCGUUCUUGAACACGUUUCCUAUCAAGUGGGUUUAAUUGAUGAUUAUGGCCAAUACUUCGCCUCAAUCGCUGAACCGAUUGACACGAGCGGGUGGUUAGUUGUUGUUGUUGUCCACAUCUGCCGCCUCUCUCUGCGUGGUCUUCGUUUAUCGCGUUGGAAAAACUCACUGGACGAGGUGCUGUCCAUGAAGUCAUAUAUUUUCGCACAAGGCUCGUCGAAACUCACGGAGCCAGCUACCUAACUCAAGUGAAUGGUAAAAUGUCUUGACCGCUGAAGGGCGUGUUGUGAUCCAUGAUUAUUUCAAGGUGCGCAAUUUUCACGCAAGAUUUUUCCAACACCAGCUUUUGGACAGAUCAUGGCCCAAGAUUUGCUCCGAGGUGGCCUUUCGGCCGAAUCUUCAACAUCUUGCUCUGCUGGAAAAAAAUCAAACGUGGACCCUGGCGAAACAUGUAGGCGAUCUGUAGACAUCUCAGCCAAAGCUGUGACUGUUCUCAAAGGUCGAAGAGCUGAUUCGCACUCGUUCGGGAGGCAGACUGCCCAGAAAGAAGGUCGAAAAAGUCAACAUUUGUCGAAAGAAAGGAACAUGGAGAUUUGGAAACCAUAAACAUGGGCCUCAGCGUUCAUUCGUGGGGGGACCAAACUUUCGGCGUUCAUUCGAGCAUCCAAUUUAAACCAAGUAGGGACGCAACGUGCCCCCAGGGAUGAACAAGAUACUGGACUAUACGCGGUUGCAACAUGUUUAUCACCUAACUACACAAGACAUACGGAAAUAGCUGUAGAUACCCUAUUAUAUAGAGGAUACUACACCAGCAGCAGUCGAAGGGGAUGUGUUGAAAAUCUCAAUCUUUGCAGUGAGAGAGGAAUGAACCUGUUGGAUACCGGGCUUAUCUAAAUCUACACGACGUACAGCAGUGCUGUAAGAUAUCAGCAGGGAUGUCAGCAAACUACAAGGACCAACAACCAGAAACGGGUAUACUCGGGUUGUUGUUGUUGUUGUU